AUGAACAUUGUCUUCGUCCUGAGAAAAGGUUUAUCAGUCAACAUGAGAGGCGCUACUCUCCUCAACAUGAUGAGGAUAACCUCAAGAACGGAGCUUAGGUCAUUUCCCUUGUGCAGAAAUGUGUCAAACAACCCCCAUCAGCAUGGCUCACAGAACGGGACACAAACAUCACCCGAGACCAAAGACCAACUCCUGGAGAAUGAGCCCACGGAGGAAGAACAACGGAGGCCCAAAAAGAAACCGAGCGAGUGUUCUGUCCUGCUCUUCCCCGGGCAGGGGAGUCAGUUCGUGGGUAUGGGUCGCGGGCUUCUGAAAUACGGAAACGUCAAGGACAUGUUUGCCGUCGCGCAGAAGAUACUGGGCUACGACUUGCUGUCUCUGUGCCUAGAUGGACCAGAGGAGGAAUUGAUGAAGACAGUCCACUGUCAGCCCGCAGUGUUUGUCACAUCACUGGCAGCUGUGGAGAGGCUUAACCACGAAAAUCCAGCGGUAAGCCACAUAGUAGUUGCAUGUCUGUAGCCGCACAUGCGCAGAUGCUGUCCCUCCAUGUUUGUAGUGCUGUAUCAUGUCAAUGUCCCAAUGAUAAUGAACUUGUGUGAGUUGCAAAUGAUUUAAAUAGUUGCAAGUGUGUAUUUAAUGGCAAAGUGUACAUUAAAUAUAUGUUUAACAAUGCAGCCUAUGACACACUGACGUUUUAUACCAAUUAAUAUUAUUGUAUUUCUCUACAAACAAAACUCAACGCACAUCUUGUCAUCGUAUGUGUCCUCAUCCAUUAAGGCCAUUGAGAAUUGUGUGGCUGCUGCAGGAUUUAGUGUGGGAGAGUUUGCAGCCCUGGUGUUUUCUGGAGCCAUGGAUUUCGCAGAAGGUGAGCCUCAAUACUCUAUCCAAUGCUGUGCUAUACUUAAUUAUGAACAGACAGUGAAUAAUUCUAAGUCACCAUAGUUUUUUUGUCUCUACCAUCCUACAGCCCUGUAUGCGGUGAAGGUGCGAGCGGAGGCCAUGCAGAAAGCGUCAGAGCUGAUCCCCAGCGGCAUGCUGUCGGUAAUGGGAAGGCCCCAGGCUAAGUACAAACAUGCCUGUCUGCAGGCCAGGGAGCACUGCCUUAGCCUGGGCAUCAAGGAGCCCGUCUGCAGCGUGGCCAACUACCUUUUCCCCGACGGGAGAGUCAUCGCCGGCCACAAAGAGGUAGUGGAUGAAUGGGGAGUCAUUCUUCUUUGAAGUUGGAUCACUCUCUUGGGCCACAACAUCCUGGCAUUACGUACCUCACAUUUAUUUGAGAUCAGAGUCAAGCAGGCUAUAGACCUACAUCUCAGAUAUACCUAAAUGGGUUAGGGGAAGGGGCUAGGGGUGGAAUCACAGACACAGUCACAGACACUUCCUCCAUUCCUCAGGCACUGGACUUCCUACAACAGAACUCGAGGAAACUUCACUUCCUGCGUGUGCGGCCGCUCCUGGUGAGUGGGGCCUUCCACACGGCGCUGAUGGAGUCUGCCACCGAGCCCCUGAGAGACGUCCUCAGACAGGUGGAGGUACGUAACUUAAUCAAUCAGUCAAUAAUAUAUUUUCAGUUUCCAGUCGGUAAAUGUACUGUGCAGCCAGGACGUUACAAUAUACAGCAUACGUCAAGUAUACAAUGUCUCCAGUCGUGUUGGUUGAAGUAUGGUGGAGUUUACAAGAUUUGAUUCCUAACAUGCGCCAAAGACAGAUUGCCAAUUAUAUAAGUCUGGUUAAAAACAUUAAUUUUCCCUCCAUAAAUGCCCAAAUAAAUUAAAGGGGUGGAAAAAUCCUUUGCCAAACCCGUCUCUCUACCCAUCCAAACUUAGGUGCGUCGGCCAGAGAUCAACGUGUACUCCAACGUGGACGCCAAGCGCUACAUGCAUGAGGGCCACGUGCGCAGGCAGCUGACCAAGCAGCUUGUGUCGCCAGUGAAGUGGGAGCAGACCCUCCACGAGGUGUUCGAGAGGACCCAGGGCCAGAGCUUCCCCCACACCUACGAGAUGGGCCCCGGGAAGCAGCUGGGGGCCACGCUGCAGAAGUGCAACAUGAAGGCCUACAAGAGCUACACACACGUGGACGUCACCACCCACGAUGACUGA